UUGUUUUCAAGGCAUAAAAGCUCGGAUUAUGCUAGCAGUGCUAAACUGAAAUAAAAGCUUUAAAUUAUGCUCGUUUUUCUAAAUUAUGCUAAAGAUUAUGCUAGCACAAUCUACCAAAGCCUAUUUUUGCCUCGACGAAAAAAAACAACUGGAAUGAUAUGUUCCAUUCAAUUUCCUACCGGGACACCCACUUUUUCAAUGCAAAUGGAAAGCGCUUUAUCAUUUAGCCAUAAAAUUGUGGUCCUAUUUAAGGCGUGGUCGGCAUACAUGAAGGUGCCUCUUUUCCCGAGACAAAACAAAUUGGUCGUGAUUAUAAUGACGAGAUGGAGGGUCGUAAGGUAGCCGGGUUCCACCCUAGAAACGUUUCAAGCCGGGCAAACCAAGAGUCAGAAACCGAUGCCACGUCUGCUACGACUAAACGUUUUUCUAGGAAAGGGACGUAUGAUAUUGUGGCGGAAAUCGAAGGAAAAACGUGGUUCCAGCCCAGAUCGUCCACAAAAAUGAACAUUUUCUCUGAAAGAAAAAGAAAAGAAACUUCUUUGGGAGCGUGGGCUUCAGAUGUUACCAGGUCCUGCACGCGACAGGUUUACAUUUCAAACGUUACCAAACUCCGUAUUAUGUACAAAGAAAUGUUAAACUUGUCUUUCUGCUAAGCCUUCUUAUCGUUCAGCUACUUCCUCCUCAUCCCACUUGAUCCGACAAGCGGAAACGAAAAAGAUUAAUUCGGCAACAAAUGUCUUUGUUUUUGCGUUUAAACACUCUUAAACCCGCUUCUUAGAUAAGCCUCGCCUAGACGCUGGCGACAGAGGAAUUGAAAACGAAUAUCACAUAAGAGUAAAGAAAAUAUUUGUAACUGGUAGCGCUGGUGAAUACAACAUACACUAGUGUAUUGGAUUCUUAAUUACAACUAACGUUUAUGAACCAGAUCGAAUUGUCCGAUUUUGUAACUGCCGAGAAAAAAGCUCGAAAAAGUAGUCAGGUGAUCAAACUCUGAAAUUAACUGUUAACUGUUGAAUCUCUUUACGGUGGCCAAUUCACAUUAUCAACCCAGCUGAUAAAACCAAAUUAUCUUGUUAGAAGUAUUGUUUGGUCCAGAAACCGACAGAACUGGAGACCUAAAACUUUUAAGAAUUUAACACUGGCAUGAAUGAAACGACCGAAAAUCAACAGCGGUGUUCAAUACUUCACUUGUAGUCAGUGGCGAUCAAGUCAGCUAGGAUGUGUGAAGAUAAAAAAACGUCCCUUGAGAACCCACCGAGACGGAAAGUCGUGGUUCCUUACAUGAUUGCAUGCGGACAACAGCUCAAUUUGUUGCGCUAUUUUUGGAAAUAAACAACGUUUCACGAGUUGCGUGAGACGUCAAAAACAAUCCUGGCAAAAAAACGACGGCCAACAUUGUUUUCAGGCGACAAAAAAUUUAAUACGGCCUUACUUAGUCGUUUCAUUGUGUGCUUCAGCUUGUCCAUCGUGUUUCAAAUCAGUCAACAAAGAACUGGGCUUUCAUCGCCAAUUCGUCUUUCUCACGAUUGUCCUAGCGUUCUGUCAAGCGUGGCUUCUUCAGGGAGCCACGAUUUUUAAACCAAGAUUGUCGAGUUAUAUUUCAAAACCUAAGAGCUGAGCCAGACUGAUUUUUUGUAUGACAAACGAUAUUGGGGAAACAUUACUUCCUCCGCCCCGCAACCAGCAAAAUUGGACAGGAUAACGGGAUUAAAAGUAAACACAUUUUUAAGCCCAUAAUAAUUUGGAAAACGUGACCUUACUCGUCAGAAUACUAACAAUCUUUUAUCCUGUCACGCCCUUGUAAUUGUGUUUUGAUUUGCAUGGCUGGGACUCUUCUAAAAACACCCAGAAUUUGAAGUAGUCAAAAUUAUCAAAUCCAAAGAAACUAAGGAGUCAAAAUAAUUUUAUUUGCAAUUUUACCCCACCAGUGACCACUAGUCUUGACUUUCCUCACCCCACUCCCCAGCAAUCUGCUAUUCAAUUGAAUUUUUUUCCUUUGUCUCGCGAACUGCAUGGAAGACGUUUAAAAAAAAAAGAGCAGGUCAUAGCCAAGUGCCUUUAAAAAAAAAUUGAAGUUUUUACGUGGUGCGAUUUCUCUAUGCUGAACAAUUUGAUUGACAUACGCGUCCGCUAUCGCUUGUGAGCGGAAUACAACGCGACGCUUCAGCUUACGCGGGAAAACGCUGGUUGUGACUUGCGUGAUAAAACCACUCAGUGGAUUAUUAUUGUGUACGAUCGUGCUGGCUUCCCUGUCCAUCUAGGGAUUAACUUCUUUGGUUUACAGGGCUCGAGGUCUGUUUUCUCGUCGAGUUUUCUUUCAUGUGCGAGGAGAUAGUAUCGGAUGCUGUACUUGUGCAAUACUUGAGCAAUCUCGGAAGAAAAGAAAUUUUGCAACGCCACGAAAACCGUGCGUAGUGAAAUAUGAAACCGUCUGAUAUUUCUGUGUACGCCCCUGAAAUAGCUUUGAUACUUUAACCUGCUGGAUGUCGACACUUUUUUCAUGAAGCACGAAAACAAUAAGCCUGGAAAACUUCGAUGUAGCUGACUUUCUACGCUGUCAAACUUCAAAAUGGCUGGCAAAGUCGUCGAUACGUGCCAGUAUUGUCGUGGUGUGCUCGUGUUUACUCUUACCGUGUUUCCAUUCAUCGGGUUUUGUGAAGAUUCGCUACCAUAUCCUAUCGGAUUGUAUCCACUUAAUAGACUCUACAAUACGGCAGAUGCAAGUUGCUAUGGUAACUUUGGUGGAAUUCCGAAGGAUGUCCAACUUGUUACAGGCCCUUUUGGAAAGGCAGAUACUGCUUAUGAGUUUACUGGUAUUGGGACAAGUCACAUCACUAUCCCACAGAGUCCACACUUGGAUGCUAAGAAUUCUAUCACGAUUCUAGUUUGGAUAUUUCAAACUGGGCAAGCAGGUUCUAUCAUUCAAUACUUGGAUAAUAACAAUAAAGGAGGAGCAGGGCUUUAUACAUUGGAUAGUAAUUCUGUAAAGGUACAAUUUCUGGAGCGCAGUGGAGAGUCUCUUUCCAUUCUUCGCAACCAUACAGUCAGUCUUCAAAAUAAAUGGCAAUAUGUUGGAACGUCGUACAACUACAACACUGGUACUGCGACAUUGUGGAUAGAUGGUAUAGACGUUCAGCAAAUGAAUCUUGGCAAGGUCGAAUUAAGUACAGACAAAGAUAUUCGUAUAGGUAGUGGACAACGCAAAGGUGACAGUUUUGAAGGACGAAUAUCGUGUUUGCAAAUCUACAACAAAGCAUUGACAAGGGAUGAAGUUUCAGCUGUAAGAAACCGAUGUUUCCAGGAGGAUGGUCGUGGAGAUCCAACAGCUCCAGUGGACUGCAAGAUGUCUUCUGCACCAUCUAGUUGUGGCGUUACCAUGAAUACCCUGUCUGGAACUUUCUAUUCCCCGGGGUACCCUGCUGGUUAUCCUCAUGAAGCAAAUUGUAUCUGGGAAAUAGAUGUUCCUGACGGUUACUACAUUACAUUGCAGUUUAGGUGAGUCCUAGCUACCUAGUUAUUGUAAAUUAUUCAGUAAUUUUCUGAAGCUAACAAGUGUCAUGGGCAUACCACACAGCUAAACACAGAGUAUCUUCCAUAUCUAUAGCUGUAGUUUUAAUCUUUUAGAAGCAGUAAAAGGCAACUGCUAGAUAAAACUAAUACAAGUGAAAUAUUAAUGGCUUAUUAUACGCGGUGGCCUCAUGGUUAUUGCACUUGUCUUCGGAUUGAGCGGGCCAGGUUCAAGCCCUGACCGGGGACAUUGUGUUGUGUUCUUGGGCAAGACACUUAACUCUCACAGUGCC